AUGGACGUUCGUCCAGUCAUAGACUCCAUAUUACCACCGCCAGGAUGGGUUCGUAUUGAAUUGGAACCGGUGGAUAUUCCAUUAGAACAAGAUGAUUCAAUACUUUUAUCAACCAUACAAUCUGUCAUACCUGGCGCACAUGGCCUUUAUUACAAAGAUGAAAAUUGCAAGAAGACCUUAAGCUACAAUGGCGCAACUGGUUGUAUAUCAAAAGGCCCACCAGGCUGGAAUUCUAAACCAAUUUACGUUGUACUUGCACAUGGAUGCCGUCAUUUCAACAGUACUGAUGCUGGACAAUACGGUAUUGCUACAGAACGAUUCGAAAAAACUGUCAAUUUGAUACAGCGUAUGUUAGUUCAAAGGUCAAGUUACGUAUUUAUGUUUGAGGGCGAUUCAACUAGAUCAGUAAAGUGCAAGUGCGAUGAUAACAGAUUACUGUCGCGUGAUGAAGAUGAUUCUGAAACUGGAAUUGAUGAAGAGAAACGAAGCGAUGAAUCUGGAUGCGAUAGACUGCAACUGUGGUCAAAUGAGGAAAUGAAUGAAAAAAAUUAUGAAAUUGAUGAAUUGAACAAGCAGAUCAGUGAUUUGAAAUGGAUCAUUGAAGAAUAUAAACAAGGGUUAAAAGAUGCAAAUGAUAGGACAAAUCAUUUGGAAAAUUUGUGUAAAGAGAAAGAUUACGUGAUUGAUGACGUGACGAAUAGAUUACGUGACUUAGAACACCGUCUUUUCGAUGUUCCAACUCUUCAAAGCACAGAAAAUUUGAAUUCUCUGAUCAAUGAUCUGCGAAAAGAAAUUGAUGCGAAGAAUAAUUACAUCGAACAGUUAGAAAAGACCAAAAAUGAUAUACAAUGGUACCUUGGCGAACAUCAGCAUUGGCUACAAGAUGCCAAUAAUAGAAUUGGCAUUCUGGAAAAUGAGAAAUUGGAAGGGUGGCAAAAAGUUUGUGAAUUAGAGGAAAUGCUUAAUCAGACUAGAACUGUUGCGACAAUUGACGACUAUAAUGACAUAAAAGGAAAAAUGGAAGAAUUGCAAGAAAAGAUGGAAGAUAAAAGACGUGAAUGUGAUAAAUUAAAUGAAGAGAAGGAUGAAAUGAAAGUUAUUCUUAGCGAACAUAAAGUCUUAUUGGAAGAUGCCAAAAAGAAGAUAAGAUAUCUGGAAGAUGGGGAAAGUGAACAAGAUUGCUUGAUUGUAGCUAUAAUUAAAGAAUUAAGGGAUUUAAAAAAGGUACGAAGCGAUGCAUUCUUACAGUUGCAUGAGAAAAUCGACGAUUUGGAAUUGUAUUUGAAUAAAAGACAACAACAAUUAACAGAAAUUAAAGCAAACAAUGACGACAUUGAAUAUAAGACACUAAAAUGGUCAAUAAAAGAUUUGGUAGAGAAUAUUUCCGAUUUGGAUAACGGUCAUUUAAAUGAAUCAGUUGAACCGAAAAAUUAUGCUGAUUGGACUUUUAUGGAAUACAAGCAAUGGUUGCAGAAUCUGAAGAAGAGAGUGGAAGAACUGGAGAAUGCUACACAAAGGCUUAGUAAUGAGAAGGAUAUGGCAAUAACGAAACUUCAUGAAAUUAAACAACUUGAACCAAAUUUAGAAGAAUUGAAGAAAGAAAUAUCGGAAAAAAAUGAACGAAUAAUAGAAAUGGAAAAAGAUUUCAAUGAUAAACAAAAUGAACUUAAGUUGAACAUAGAGGAAUUAUUGCAUAAAUUAAAUGAAGCAAAAGAGAAUGCUACAAAAAACGAACAGAUGAAGAAUGAUACGGAAUGGAGUUUGGGUGAACAUCGUCAAUGGCUUACUGAUGCUAAGAAUAAAAUUAAUGAACUUGAAUAUAAACUACAAGGAACUAAUGUUGAAAAUUAUAACUUACGAGAAGAAAUUGACAAAUUAAAUGGCAAUAUUAGAACAUCGAUGGAAGCUAUCGAAUGCUUGCAGAAAGAGAUUAAUGAUAAAAACGAACAAAUCAUUUGCAUUAUAAAGCAGAAAAAUGAUGCUGAAAGGAAUUUUAAUGAAAAACAGCAAUUGUUAAAGGAUGCCAAUGAUAAGAUCAGCGAGUUGGAAUCUGUUUUGAUUGAAAAAAGUGAUUUCAUUGAAGAGUUGAAGAAAUACAAUGAGGGAUGUUUUGUGUUUUACUGCAAUCUUUUAAUUCGAACAUUUUUUCUGGAAGAACAGACAACUUUGCGUGAAAAACUUCAAGCGUUCGAAAAAACACUCAGUGAGGUUCCGAGCCAAGAAUUGAAAAUCGAUGAGCUGACUCAUUCGAUGGAAGAAAAAGAUCGAGAAAUCGCUGAAUUACAAAAAUCUCUUGAAGAUGCCAUCUUUCUACAAACUGUUCAAAAGGAAUCUCUGCAAAAUCUUACAUCGAAAUUGAAUGAAACCGAAGAAGCAUUAGCAAAAGCACCUAAACCAAAUGAAUUAAGUGAACAUAAAGUGGCAUUGGCUAAAUUGCAAGAAGAUUUGGAUCAGAAGGAUGCUGAUCUGGCACAUAUCAGUAAAGAACGAUCCGAUGCUGAAUGGUUCCUCGGUGAAGAAAGACAGCGCUUAAAGGAUGCUAAUCAGCGAAUUACUCUGCUCGAAGAAGAAUUGACGUGUGUGAAAGUGAAACACGCUGAUAUACUUCAUAAUUUGAAGAAUGAAACAUUUCAGUUGAAAGAAAAAAAUAAGAAAUUGAAAGAUACUAUGAUUAAAACAGAAUUUGUUAUAAAAGAUCUGUUGAAAGAUGAUGGAAUGACAGCGCUUAUUUUGGGACAAACUGAAAAAUCGGGAAGUUUGGAGGAAGAAUUCAAGCAACUACGCAAAAAAUAUAAGCAAUUAAUUGCUCUUCUUGCAACCACUCAAGAUCAUUUGGAAAAAAUGAAAAUGGAAGUUUCAGAAUUUGCAAAUUCCAAAGAAUUGUACAAAGUAAUCGAAAAUUUAAACAACGAAUUGAAUCAAUGUAAGGCAGAAAAUGAAAAUUUGUCGAAGCAGAAAAAGGAUACGGAAUGGGAACUUGACGAGCAUCGUGAAUGGCUUCGUAAAGCUAAUAAUCGGAUUACCAUUUUUGAGCAAGAAUUAGCACACACGAAAGAAGUAAAUAAAAAAGCGCUUGAGGUUUUGGGUGUGGAAAAUAAAGCACUAAAUCAAAAGAAUGCACAAUUAAAGGAAGAUGUGGAGCGUUUGCAAGACGAAAUUCAAAAUCUGUUGAUGGAUGGAACAAAAGAAGUUGGAAAGCAUAACUGUUGGGAAUGCAAGAAAGUUUCAGCAUUAAAUUGUGUUGAAAAUAUUGAUGAUGAACGCAGCUCGAUAAAAUGUUUGUUGGAAAAUUUGUGCAAGGAAUUGAAUUAUCAGAAAAUUAUUGAUACCCUUAUGGAGGAACGUAGCAAAGCUGAACAAUUUUUAGAAGAACGAAAGGAAUCGAUCACCUAUGCUUACAAUAAAAUUGUUGAUUUAGAGAAGCAAAUUUUAGAAAAUAUGCUGGAGGAGCAAUUGGAAGUUGCCAACAUAAGAACAAUUUUCACGAGAACAGCAGAAGAGACCGAGAAUAUUUAUCGUUCAGAAUCUUUGCAAUCAGAACAAUUCAUGCAUGUUUUAAAUUUUUAUUUAUUGAUUCUAAUUGAAGAGGUACUAAAUGGUAAUUGA